UCCCAUAAGUCGCUCCACAUCAUCUGCGAGCAACAGUCGACAAAUCCACAACGAAAAUGAAGCUAUUUUGCAUCAUUGGCAUUAUCCUUGCGCUGUCUGGGGUAUCGCUGGCCCUAAAGGAUCCUAUCUGUGGUCAACAACCGGAAAAGCAGGGCGUUGGGAAUAGUACGACUGCUAAAUGCCUGGCCAAAAUUGUGAGGUUUAGCUAUUAUCGCGACAGGAACGAGUGCGUAAGAUGGAUAUAUGGAGGAUGUGGUGCGAACGAAAAUAUUUUCGGUACGAAAGAGAAAUGCGAGGAAAAAUGCAAGGUAUAAUCCAUUGUUAAAUACGAGUAAAUUGUCUUACAAUAAAAUGAUAUUCAAUUAAA